CGGUAAUAUCAAAUGUCGUAACACAAAUGACGAUAUAUUAUAUUUAAAGCUUAAGUGUUCUUCCAAGAACUAAAGACGUCGGCAAUAAAUAGCUGCGCAUAGAAAGAACAUAGAACAUUUAGUGCAACAAAACAUUGAGCUACGUACGUCAACUGGGGAAAUCAUUAAAGUGCAACAAGUUAAUGAAGAUGAGUUCAUUCAACAAAAGCUCCAGUGGCAACAAAAACUUUCCUCACGACAUAAAAACCCAAUCAGGACUAACAGCUCUUUUCAACGAACGAGUUAUAAGCUCACAGCCAGUGGAGCGACCAUUAGAAGGACCAGGAGGAGGAAAGUUUGGUCAAGGAGGAAUUGCCGCAGCUAACUUUGUUGGAAUCAAAACAUCUUAUUCCGGAAAAAAUGAUCGCGCAACACAUUCGGGUAGUUUAGUGACAACUAGUGAUGGCAAGCAAUAUUUAGUGCAUAAAGGAGAUGGUUUUGGUAAAAGUAGCAACACUGUUGUCACUGAUGCCAAACAUAUGAGUUCCAAGUGGAAACCAGCUGGACCAACUACUAACGUGGCUGGACGAGCUUCAAUAAGCGAUUUUGUCAAGGCAGGAGGCAAAGAUUACAACGUAAGAGGCAAAAAUUGCCACAAUGCAACCAGUAAAAUGCAGAAUCUUGGCAAGUAGAGUGUUGCAAUCAACCAUCAAAAAAAAGAAAGUUAUAGUUUAAUGUGGUACUACUUAUGUUUGGACAUAGAAUGUUGUUGUGUACACAAUAAACAAACAUAUUACGUAUAGUUAGUUUUUGUGUAUUUAUCAAUAAAUAUCUAUGAUAUUGAUUCAAUGAUAUUCAUCAAAAAAUUGA